UCGCCUGUUUGGCACGUUACCGUUGGUUCUCGAUAGUUAACACCACCACUUCGACUUCGACUUCGCCUCCGCCAGACCAACACCAACCAUCUUGCGAACUGUAGUUCUCAUCGUCUACUUCCAGAUAUCAACCCAAUUUUAAAGACCAUCAGCGGUCGCCUUGAAUAUUUCACUAUGGUCGCUCAUCGACGUGGCCCAUGGUCGCAACACGAAGACCAAUGGCUUGUAAACCUUGUUGCCCGGAACGGACCACACAACUGGGUCCGCAUAUCACAGGAGAUUGGUUCACGAUCACCAAAGCAGUGCCGGGAACGGUACCAUCAGAAUCUCAAACCGUCUCUUAACCACGAUCCUAUCACACCAGAAGAGGGGGAGUUGAUCGAGAAAAUGGUGCAUGAGAUGGGCAAGAGGUGGGCAGAGAUCGCAAGGCGGCUGAAGGGCCGUAGUGACAACGCUGUGAAGAACUGGUGGAACGGUGGCCAAAACCGAAGAAAGCGCAACCCCGAUCGCCCUGACCAGAUGCCACACGAGCAGAUGCACCCUUCGCAAGCUGGCUAUCACUACCCAUCUGGUCCUCACAGCAUACCCCACCACGACGAUCAACACAUCUCUUCAUACCACAACUCGCGCCGACCUUCUCUGAACUACGCUGUUAACUCGCCUCACGCGAUGAAACUUCCUCAACCCCAUCGUUACGAACUCUAUGGAUCGCGGCCACUGCCAAUCGAACUCCCAGCUUAUGGCCAGCCCGUCAUCGCACGAGCACGAGGAUUCGAAACACCAAUGCCCUCACCCUCGGGCUAUUCGAUUGUCUCCACAGAUGGCGCCCCAUCACUGAUAACCGACACUGGUUCCGAGUCGCGCUCGCCACAUGGUGCAACAUCGCCUCUUGACAUCACACUAGCACCCCUGGUUGGUGGGAGAGACGAGCGAAGAAACUCAUGCAUACGUUACCUGCCUUCGACAGGCUUUGCAUCCGAGGACGAUGCCCACUCGGCUCCUUUCGAUCCGUACAGACCCCGUGGUGCUUUCCAACUACCACCUCUACAUCGCACCGAAGGGCCACCAUCUGUUCCUGCAUUUAGAGAGUCACCCUCUGAGCGACCUGCUCCACUCCAGUUGCUCACGCAGCCUGCUCCUCAACAUCUUCAUCACCAUCGUCUUCCACAAUCAGCGACGUUUAGCGUUCCACAGCGGGCAUUGCCACCUUUCCAGCAUCUUGCAGAGCCAUCUGUUGUUUCAUCUCCCACCACAGCUACGAACAGCCCGAUGGCGAGACCAUUAUCAUCGUCAUAUGUGCGUUCUGCACUGCCACUCGAUACAAGGAGUGCGCCCGUCUCGCCGAAAGACAAGAUGAGCUUAAAAAACAUCAUGUAGAUUUAUUGUUUCUUUCGCGCUACGGCUAUAUACCCCUUCCUGCUGUGUAAGCGUCUGUACUGCAAGCCAAUAUAUGUAUCCUAAUAACGAUCUUGAUCUGUCUCAUCGUCUUUCAUAUGAAUGUGACAAC